CACAUUUUCUCCCAUAAGAGAUGUUACUCCUUACCUCUACCCACCAUACAGGUUAUACUGACGAUAACCUUAAAACAUAAAAUAAAUCAACUCGUAUAUAUUUUAUUAUUUAUAUAAUUGUUAUUUAAAAGAUAAUACCAAAAAACAUAAGAAUUUACUUUAUUUAGAAUUAUUCAUAAUAUUUAGCACAUCUUAUCAAUUCAUUACAAAAGCUUAAAAAUUUGUAUACAUUGGCAAUACUGUUUCUUUAUUUUUUGAAGCAGUAAACAAAAAUCCUACAAAGUUCGACGAACGCCUUAUAAAUAUCAUUUAUUUUGUUUCGAAUUUAUAUUUUAUAAUAAAUAUAAAGAAAAAAAUGGAGCUCGAAUUGUACAAUGAGAUUAUAACCUCAAUUCACAAGUUCAACGGAUUAUCAAAAGACUGUGCAAAAAUGUUAAGAGAAAAAUUUGACAAUGUGCCAAUUAAUACUUUAUUCAGUAUAUUAUCAUUAGAGAUACAGCAAAAAAUGAAGAUGAAUCACACUAAAUUGUUUGGACCCAAUAAAAAUUAUUAUGAAAAUUACAUAGAAUCUGUACAGAAAAGAGAACCUGUAGGAAUCUUAUUAAGGAUGGCAAAAGAAAUUGAUGCUCCACCAGCAUUAUUAGCACGUAAUGUUUUAGAAAAGCAUUGCAGUCAGGAUGACCCUAACGUCUCCCGUAAAGAUGUUAGCAGACUUUUUAAGGAUACAACUUUAAUAGAAGAUAAAGAUUUAUCGUAUGAAGUAUAUUUGUGUAUAUUAUAUGACGAUCUUUAUGGACCGAUAGCAGAUGCUAUGGGCAUUUCAAUAGGUCAAGAGUAUGAAAUGAAAUUACAGAAUUAUUUGACAGAAAGGAACUUUGCAUUUCGUAAUGAAGAACAUUUACGAUCAAGAGGAUAUGACAAAACUCCAGAUUUUAAAUUAGAAGUUCCUAUCGCUGUAAAUGGUUUUGUAGUGAAUUGGAUUGAAUCAAAGGCACGUUUUGGCAAUAAUGAAAUACAUCAAAAGUACAUAAGGGAACAAUUUUUGAGUUAUUGGAAUAGAUUUGGUCCUGGUCUCGUUAUCUAUUGGUUUGGUUAUUUAAAUACUUUGGAUCAACCUAAUGAGAAGAAAUUUAUUAUCAUGGACCAUUUUCCAGAAGAUAUCACAUAUAUGGAUCCAAAUUCAAUCAAGCAAACGACAACAUCGUGAUUGAAGAAGAAGAAUUAUGGAUAUCAGGAGAAGAGCUUUGUACGGAAGGAAGUAGCGAUGAAGAGGAUAGUAAAACAUGUUCGAGA